AUGGCAAUGAAGCGCCUCCAACAGCUCGGCAACCAACUCACACAGACCUCUUCUAAACCAGACGAAGAGACAAUGGCCCCCGCAGACUCCAAAUUCGCCCUCGACGAAAACGGCAUCCCGCCGUUCGAGUCGCUGCCCCUCGGCAAAGACGACCCGCGCUUCUCGGCCUGGGGCCUCUACGGCGACAAGGACGAGCUGGGGACGCUGAACAGGUUGACCGACGAGCGCGUCGCUGCUGCCGCGAGGGAGGAGAUCAAGACGGGCGCGAGAGUCUCCCUCAACUGGCCCCUGACAGCCCAAUCCGCCCCCUUCUUCAACCGCCGCGCCUUCCACCACGACCUCUACCGCAAGCACCCGCGCUUCGUAAACGACGACGAGUGGACCUUCAACUCGCAGUCGUCGUCGCAGUGGGACGGCCUCCGGCACUUCGGGUACCAAAAGGAAGAAAAGUUCUACAACGGCGUCUCCAUGGACGAGGUCCACGCCGUGGACGAGGAGGGGAGGCGGUCGACCGUGAAUGGGAUCCAAGGUAAAACCAUCUCUCUCGAUUUCCCCUGCGCUCCCGAUUGCUUCUUCAUUUUAGCUCUGUCGAGCGUCGAGUCUAACCCCCCCUGGCAGAAACACGGCAUCGUCGGCAGAGGCGUCCUCGUAGACUACCACACCUGGCGCCUCGAGCAAAACAUGCCUUACGACCCCUUUGCGCGCGACUCCAUCCCCGUCGCGGAUCUCCAGGCCUGCCUCAAGGCGCAGGGCACCGAGAUCAAAUUUGGUGACAUACUCAUCACCCGUACAGGCUUCACAGCAACACACGCCUCCCUCCCCCCCUCAACCCUGUCCGACCACCUCGCCGCCAGCCCGCAGACCUUCUCCGGCGUAGCCCAAUCCGAAGAGACCCUCCGCUGGGUCUGGUCCAACUUCUCCGCCGUGGCAGGCGACCAGCCGUCCUUCGAGUGCUGGCCCCACCGCGACCCGAAGCACUGGAUGCACGAGGUCCUCCUCGCCGGCUGGGGCAUGCCCGUCGGCGAGCUCUUCGACCUGGAAGCGCUGGCGGCGCAGUGUAAGCGCGAAAAGAGGUGGAGCUUCUUCGUCGUGAGCGAGCCGUGCAAUGUCCCCGGCGGUGUCGCGAGCCCACCCAAUAUUCUCGCCAUCUUUUGA